AUGCCCACCGCCCCAGAGUUAUCCCUGCGACCGCAUCGCGGUAGAAAGAGAGAUCCAAUUGAACAGUACAUUAAUGAGCCGCAAAUCUUUAAAGAAAAUGGCAUGACACAGCUUCGCUACAUGGUGUUGACCCAAGGUCUCAGAAUCCCCCAGGGCCAUGAUACUUGUCCCUACAGGCUGUAUGUGUGGCAGAUUCUUAUGGAAGCGCCCCGGAUGACUGUCGAUGACUAUUACCAACUCAUACAUCAAGCAAGACUGCUAAAACCAGAGAUAUACUCCAAGAUCACCAAUGAUACUUUCCGCACACUCAAGACUGAAGACCAAUUCCACGAGAAAGUCUCGGUGUCUCUGUUAACUCGGAUUCUUGGGGUGCUUGCCAUAACCAUGCCUGACGACGUGGGUUACGUCCAGGGGCUCAAUGUGCUUCUAGCCCCGAUCGCAUUUGCCUGUUAUAAAAGUGAGCCUCAAGCCUAUAGCAUUGUCCACUCGCUAGUGGUGCGGCACAUCCCUCUAUACGUCACCUCCGACGUCAAGGGUGUCUACACUGGGUGCGAGCUUGUGGAGGUGGUGCUUCGCCACAUUGACCCGGCUCUCGCCGAAGAUUUUGACUCCAAGUUCUUCCGGGCUAAGAUCUACGCCUUCCCUCUGGUGCUUACUUUAAGUGCGUGUACGCCUCCGCUUAGUGAGGUGCUUCGUUUAUGGGAUUACCUAUUUGCAUACGGCAUACACAUGAACAUCCUCUUCAUCGUGGCUCAGCUUGUCAAAGCUCGCGACUCGUUGUUGGGUAACGAUCUGCCGAUGAAGGUGUUGCGCACGUGUACCUGA